GUGGCAGUGCUGUCAUCUUCACAGUGCGGGAAGGCGUCAACGCAAGACGACAUGGCACCGGUAACGUUCAGAAUGUGUGUGCUGCUGGCGCUACUCGCGGCGGCCGUGUCCGGGACCAGCCACGACCCCUUGGCGCCAUCCAAGGGGUACGUGUACGACGUGCCGGCUGACACGCCGCAGCCAGCCCUGCUGCCGGCGCUCUCUGCGUCAUCCAGGGGGUUCUCCUACCCCGACGGCUACUCCUAUGUGUACGCAGUGCAGCACCCAGACUCCGAGUCCAACUCGCGGGUGGAGGUGACGCGGUUCUCUUCCGGCAGUGGGAGAGCUCUGUCUGCUCCCAUCGGCAUCCCCUCGAGCCUCCCGCCCCAAGGAAGCCUGCUCGCCGUCCAGCCCGUGCCGCCGCUGCCCUCCCUGCCUUCCUGGCCGGCCCAGGUCGAGCAGGGCCCGCGAGUCGCUCUUGAGUUGCUCCAGCCUGGACUUCGCCACGCCACGUACUCGUACGCCCUGGGCGCGGGCUCACCCCUAGCCGCCCCCCUCCUCCUGGGCGCGCCGUACGAGUCCUCGCUGUUGACCCCGCCACCCGUGCGGUCUGCCGCACCCUACCCCUCGUACUUUUACCCUGCUUAACGGAGCCUAUUUUAAGCGUCACAACUUCUACCCUCGAGCGUUUUUCCACGAACCUGACACAUACAGAGGCGUGGUUGUGUAGGGAUAUAUUCUACAUUUUGCUGACGGCGGCCACCGUAGUUUCUGAUCUUCUGUAAAAGACGAGAAAUAAGUCAAAUUUAAUGUACCUCUGGUAAUUUUUUGCGUGGUCUUAUCUUGGCUGGCGCAGACGACGAGCACGCUGCCCGGAACGCACAGUAGCUGCACGGUAUUAUUGUUCUUAAAUUAACUAAACCGUUGGCCGCGGUACAUUGUGUUUUAUCUCUUGAACCGUCGACACUGUCCUUUUUGCCAAGGAGAAGCCUGUGUUUGUUUAUAUACAUUCCCUUUGCUUUAGUUUUCUGUGUUUUUGCAAAAAUAAAUAAUUGUGAAGCCACCGCAAA